AUGCAGCAGCCGCAGCAGAACCAACAGCACUUACCAGGGAGUGCAGAAACUCAGGCUUUGUGGCAGCAGCACCUGCAGCAGCAACGACUGCAGCAGCAACAACUGCAGCAGCAACAACUCCAGCGGCAACUACAGCAACAACUGCAGCACCAGUAUGGGUUCCCGGCGGCCAUAUCUCCACAGGAAGCUGUCCUGCAGAAUGACCAAUCACUUUUGUUUCUGCAACAGCUGCACGAGCAACAGCAGAUGCAGCAAAAUACGCAACACCAGCGGCACCAUUUGCAAAUGCAGCAACAGAUGCACAUCCAGCAGCAGAUGCAGCAACAGCAGAAAAUCCAGCAGCAGCGGCAACUGCUCCACCAGCAGCAGCUGCAGUCACGCCAUGCUGCACUGCAGCAGCAGGAACAGCAGCAAAUGCAAGCACUGCAGCAGCAGCAUCAACAGCACAUGGAGCGGAUUGCCAACCCCCCUGUUUCUGUGGAAUCUCAUGGACUUCCCCAGGAGCAGCAGCAGCUGCCACAAGCGCACGAGCCACAGCAACUUCAGCAGAAGAGCAAAAGAUAUUGGCAUGAUAUAGUUGUAGAUACUAGUGAGAAGGUGGCGCCUCCCCUUGGGGAGCGACAGGUGGCCCCCGAUGCUAUUGACGAGCUGCCGGCCCCUCUUUCAGGCUCUGCUGCUGCUGCUGCUGCUGCUGCACUGCACCCCAGGAAGACAGACAUGCGUGCUUUUCUGCGUCGUCUUGGAGGACGAUAUGUCACAGAGGCGGGGGAGAAGGAGGCAGCUGUAGUGUCCGAGCUACAGAGGCUGCAGCAGGAGCUGAGCCGAGUUCACUUGCUUAUGGGGAAAGGCGCCCCUUUGCAGCAGCAGAAGGACCCUCCCAAAUGCCUGUGCGGCGCACCGUGCUUGGAGGCUGCAGUUUCCGCUGCUGCUGCAGGAGCUGAUGUUGCUGCUGUGCUGCAGCAGCAACAACAGCUGCCCCUUCACGGGGACACCAUUAUGUCCGAAAUGGCAACGUUUCAGGACCUGGUCAGCGACGAGCAUAAAGAGAAAAGGAAGGGCUUUCGGAACUUCGCAGGCUUGUGCAAACGCCAUGUGGAAAAUCACGCGAAGCGACGGGAUCAGCGCCAGGAAGAGCUGGAGCGUAUGGGGAGGCAGCAAGCAAAAGUUUUAAGCGGCGCUGUUUCUUCGUUUUGGGGCAAGGUUGAGCACAUCGUCUGGGAAGACCAGAAGAGGACUCUUCAGUCUCAACUACAGCAGCAGAAGGAGAAGAAUUUUGAUAGAUUUGUCAAGAGAGCUCUGAGGGUGUCAAAGGCUAUUGCAGGAGGCAUCCGACGGGAUGGGGGAGCCUGUGGCGCAUCUUUGGAUGAAAUAGCCAGCGCGGAACAGGAUGAGAUACCGCAGCCGCAAGAACAGGAUGAACAGCCGCAGCAGCUUAGGCCGCGUCGGCGACCGCAGUCACCCCGUGGCGUGAAAGAGCCCACAAGAAGUACUAAUGAUAGAAAAGGACCUGACGCAGAAGAACAGUCCUCAACCGCAGCAAGAGCAGCGGCAGAUGAAGAUGAUGAUUUUGAUGCGUCAGGAGAGCAAGCUGAGCAGCAAGAGGCGGAGGACAUGGAGCUUGAUGCUGAGCUGGAGCGAGAAGAAGACCUAGAAGGAGGAGCACUUGAUGGGCAAGACAAUGAUGAGGCGGGGGAUCUCAUGAAGGAAGCCGAAGAGCCGCUGGAAGAGCUGCUGAAGCGUUACGGCUAUGCAAGCGUAGCUGACUUCCGCGUAAAGGGCAGAGAGGCCCCUAGUAGUCAAGAGGAAAGUGGGUCAUCGACUUCCUCAGAAGAUGAGCAAGAAACAGCGCCGACAGAAGCAGUAGCCACGCAGGACGACGCUGACAGCAGCACGGCUGGAAAUGGAGAGCCGGAGGCUCCGGCAGAGCCACCCAGCCCACAGGAGGCAACGGCAAGUAGCAGGCCCCGUCGGGCUGCCAGCCGCCGUGUGCUGCAGCAAUUUGCAGAGCAACAGAAACAGCAGCAGGAACAAGAACAACAGAAACAGGAAGAAGAAGAAGAGUCUCCUGAAGGUGGCGAGAGGCUUCAAGCCCUCAUAGCUGAAAGGGAAGAAGAAGAUGCAAAGCUGGACGAAGAGAUGCCUUCAAGCGACAGUCAGUCCGACGCAGGAGCGGACGAUCUCGCGAACGAUGCAGAGAUUCCUUUAAGUGAAGUUCUGAAGAGCUAUGGAUUCUCAUCAAUGCAGGAGUUCUUGAGACGGCGAGAUAGGGACGUGAGCGCGGAACAGGAGGAGAGUGAGUCUGGCGCCGACUCAGAAGCUGAGGACAACUCAGAUGCAGCACAAGCACAUGAUGAGUCGCAGCAGCUGAAGCAGUGCAAACGCGAGAGGCCGAACGAGGAGUCUGAGAAGACACAAUCUUCUAAGAAAUAUCGACUUGGGGAGGCUGUGAAAUUUGAGGCGAAUGCGGCAUUAGCCUCACCACGCCACAAGCUGCAGCAAAAGCACCUGCAGCAGCCGCAGAAGCCAGAGGCCAAGCCUGACGCACAAGCCCCAGGACUUUCAUCCUCCGGGAAUGCAGUGCCUGCAUCUGAAAACCUAAAAGGGAAGGCUAAGAAAAACCGGCAGGGGCGUUCAGUGAAAUAUGAAGAGCAGGAACCGCCUCAGCAGCAACCGCACCAGUCGCAGCAGCUGCAGCCGCAUCAGCCGGACUUCAAGCCGCUUCCGUUGUCACGGCUUAUCCGCGCGCGAUUAAGAGAAUACCAGGCUGAAGGCGUUGACUGGCUCUUUCGCUUGCACCGCGCAGGAGCUAAUUGCAUUUUAGCGGAUGAGAUGGGUCUGGGGAAGACAAUCCAAACAAUUGCCCUUUUAGCUAAGAUGGCAUUGGAGAUGGGCAUUUGGGGCCCUCACCUGGUUGUCGUUCCCACAAGUGUGCUUGAGAAUUGGGAAAUGGAGUUUAAGAAGUUUCUUCCCGGAUUUCGCGUGCUGCUGUACUACGGCUCUGCUGCUGAGAGGCAGAGGAAGAGACAAGGGUGGACUCGCAAGCAUGCCUUCAAUGUGUGUAUUGUGAGUUAUGCAACUGCUGUUAAAGACGCAGCUAUCUUAAAAAGGAGAGAAUGGUACUCUAUGGUCCUUGACGAAGCUCAGAACAUCAAGAAUUUCAGCUCAAAGAGGUGGCAGACCCUUUUAACUUUCAACUCCCAGCAUCGGCUGCUCCUCACUGGAACGCCACUGCAGAAUCAUUUGCUAGAGCUGUGGUCUCUUAUGCACUUUCUUAUGCCCACUCUCUUCUCAUCCCACGAAAACUUCAAAGAGUGGUUUGACAGCCCACUGACAGCGGCCAUAGAACAGUCGAGGGUGCAGAGGCACCAGAGGUUGGUGGCGAAGCUCCACCAAGUCCUCCGCCCUUAUAUUUUAAGGAGACUUAAGAAGGAUGUGGAGAAGCAGAUGCCCAGCAAGUAUGAACAUGUAAUCAGGUGCGAGCUAACCCGCAGGCAGCGCUGCCUCUACGACGAAUUCCUUGGAUCGCGAGCCGUGCAGGGGACACUGGAACAGCAACAAUACAGAGGCAUGAUGAACGCUUUAAUGCAGCUUCGCAAGGUCUGCAACCAUCCGGAUCUAUUUGAGGCCAGGCCAACCAGAACACCUUUGGGGACCGAGGAGUUUGGCACGUUAGACAGAACUAUUCCAGCAGCAGUCUGCCUUUGGCUGCAGGAGCCCUGGUGCCUUUCACCAGACGGGGUGAUCCAGCGCUUGACGGGGCCACUGACGUCGAUGUUGCUGAGAGAGGCACAUUGCAGCAAGUGGGCGGAGCUGGCGGCAGAGGAGCUCUCGGGUUCCUUGAGGCCUCUUUUUGGUUCCCCUCCAGCCUUUCCUGAAUCGGAAGAGGCUUUUGACAUUUCCAAUCGUAGCAACACGGACAGGGAAAAUGAAGCGCAAGCAGAGGCGUUUCUCGCUGCCUUCGACCUGAAAGUUCUGAAAGACCCAUUUUGUUUAUCUGUUAAAGAUAUACCGCCCCCGACGUACAUGCCAAUUCUUCUGAAUGGGCAUCAAGCUGCAACUAUGGAGCAAGCCGGAGCAGAGGUAGCAGCUGCAGGAGCUCCCACUCAGCAUCAGGCAGCAAGUGUCCCACAAAGUGGGCAGUGGACAGGCCAUGACUCGUGUGACAUUGGGAUAAAGCACUUGCAGCAAGAUGAUCAGCACAUGCACAACGCCGAAGCUGGGAGCACUGCUUCUCCAGGUGAUUUGACGGGCUUCGCUUCAUGGAGAUCCCAAGAGGAGGCACAACAAUGCCAGCAGUUGCUUCAGUGGGGCCCCAAAGGCUUGAUUGAUGGCAGUUGGUUUUUAGGAGGGGCAUUUGGUCCUGCAAGCAUUCCAGACAUAAGCGGUGUAAUGCGGGCGAAACAGCGUGAGAUGGAAGAAGCGGAACAGCCUCUAGAUGACGUGCUGCCUUUGCCUCUCAAAUUCCUGCAGUGCCAGGCUUCCCUGGAGCUCAGUGGAGAUGAUGAUCUGACACCGCAAGACAGCGGAGUGAGUACAUCAGUUGGAGGGGGAGUCUGGCAACUGACAGCUGCAGAAGCUGCCUUUGAAGGAAGCGGAAUAGGCCAGGGAGCCUCAGUCCCAUCUUCGCGAGCUGUUAGGAGCCGCUGGCACUAUCUGUUGCAAGGGACUUACGACCGGCUAACUGGGCUUCCUGUAAUACCCAAGAGACUGCCAGAAAACGGCAUGGCGAGUGCCGCAGCGCGCGCAGCAAGACAGCGCCCCUGGUGCCAGAGGCAGCUCAAAGAUGCAGCUGCCUCUCGAAAGGCUGGGGAGGCGGGUCGCUUUCGCUUUCUUUGUUACCUUCAUUUCAUGAGUCAGCUCUCUCCCGGAAUCCAUCUAGGGGCAGACGGCCGCCGGUUUAUCCGGGAAAUGGUUCGUCGUGGCGCCACAUAUCCGCCUUUUUAUGUGUACAAUCAGAUACGAUCUACUGAAGACUACUUUCGCCUGACCUCCUACAGUUCCUCCCUUUUCCCGACCCCGCCUGAAGUUUGCCAACGUCUCAUGCCGCUUCUCAGUGUUGUCACCUGCGUCUGCUGGCCUCGGGUCCGCACGCAGCCACCUCGUGUAUACUUGAGAGGUGCUGGAGGUCAGACUGCGCGGGCGUCUUCUCUUCACACCCUAGGAGCGGCUGCCUUCACGUUGUUAGAGGGUUGUAGACUGAGAGAGCCAAUUUUGCGUCGGGAGCACCCACCCACAUACGGACUAAGAUGGGGUUCUGCACAUGGAGCGCAAGAGAACAUAUCCACGGCUGUGGACUUCCGCGCGGCGUACACUGCACAGUUGCAGAAAGGCACUGCCGACGACGAUACAGGAGUUGUUCUGGGCCGGCAUUUGAUGCAUGUUCCUGCUUGCUACUGUGUCGCGGGCUCCCGGCCAGCGCUUUGUCCUGAAAACGAUUAUUACAAUGAACUCCUUGCUGGCCCUUCUAAACCCCAAAGCUUUAUCCUCUGCCCGCACAGCGAAAUAGACUCUAGCGUAAGAGAGACAUUGGCACGUAUGGAGUGUAUUUUUCCUCCAAAGCAGCUUAUUCAGGAUGACUGUGGGAAGCUAAUCGCCCUGGCUGAGCUACUUCACAAGCUUCGAGGAGGGGGUCAUCGCUGCAUCAUCUUCACUCAAUUUAGUCGGAUGCUGGACAUUUUAGAGUCCUGGAUUAACUAUCAAGGCUUUGCCUAUCUGCGACUAGACGGCUCCACGAAGGUUGAGAACCGUCAGCGUCUUGUCAACCAGUUCAACACAAAUCCGCGCAUCUUCCUGUUCAUUUCGUCAACUCGUGCUGGGGGCGUAGGCAUAAACCUCACAGGUGCAGACACGGUCAUUUUUUAUGAUACUGACUGGAACCCAGCUAUGGAUAGACAGGCUAUGGAUCGGUGCCAUCGAAUCGGACAAACGCGAGAUGUGCAUAUUUACCGCCUGGUCUGCGCACAUACGAUAGAGGAAAACAUUUGGCGCAAGCAGCUACAGAAACGACUUCUUGACGAAAUUGUCGUAGACCAGGGCUCGUUCACCACAACAAAUGCGGCGAAAAAAUUGGGUAGACUUGAAGUCGGCGACCAAAAAGGCUCUGACCUCCAAGAGACGGAAUGGUUUUCCAAUGCAAAUACACUCAAAGAGCUUCUUACGGCAAAGCAGGAGCAGACGGAGGACUUGUACAUAGAUCGUGUUCUUCACGAAUCUGCGACAGAGACAGCCCAAGCGUCACUAGCUCCCAUACGAGGAAAGAGUUCCGUUUAUGAACUAGCUAUGGAUGAAGUGGAGGAUGUGGAGGAUAGAGCAGCCCUCAAGCAAACAGCAAAGGAACAGAAAACAGUCCAGCAGGAAAUGAGCGACGAUUUUAGAGACGAAAACCCGGAUGCGGUGGAUGAAGUGACGGCAGCCCUGAACGAAUUGCCGGCGCUCGCUACAUAUUGCGUCAGAUUCCUUAGUGACAAUAAGAGCGAUACCCUUAUCGCGCAAAUAGAGCGUUUUAAGGCUCAGCUGGAGGGCCAAAGGGAAGAAGGUAGAGAGGGAGAACUCGGAGGGGCAACAGAGAGCGCUUCUGCUGCAGACGGAAACGAAGUUGAAGACACCGGCAGUGAAACAUCUGCAGCGUGGGAAAGCGAACUCGAGGAGGAGGACGACGCCGAUGCUGGCGAAAAUUAG